CGGAGCCACAGCAGAGGGGUUCAAGAGCCAUGUGCGGCUCCAGAGCCGCGGUUGCCAAUCCCUGGUCUAGGGACUCUGGAAUACAAGCCGCCAACUCCCAGAGAGUGAAUGACCAGAGUGAGUGAACAGGGAGAGCAAACAGGAACUUGGUGGUAGAUCUGUAAUGGAUGAGGAGACAAAGGUAGAGGCAAAGGGAUAUGGGGCCUGGAUUAGCCAAGCAGUAGCCUCUUCCUAGGGCCCAUGUGCUCCUGAUAGCUGCAACUGAAAGGGAGUGACCUGAUUACUAGCAGCAGCUGUGUGAUGGAGAGAUGCAUUCUGGUUCAUGACUCCUAGAUUAGCUGAAGCUGCCCCAGCUGGUCUAGGGACUCUGGGAUACAAGAAGCCAAGCCUGCAAAGAACAAGUGAUCAGAGUGAGUGAACAGAGAGACCAAACAGGAGUUUGGUGGGGGAGACCUCUAACUUUUUUUCUUUUUUUCCCCUUAGUUCCCUCCCAACCCUUUGUUUUCUACCUUUUAACACAUUUCCAUUUACUGGUAGGACUGUGAUGUUAACCUUCAGGGAAAACAGGAGAUAACACUGGUUGUCACAAACAGGUUCAGAAAGGUAGAAUCAAAAAGGUUACAAAGAAUGGAAAAGACUCCCCAGUGGUGGUGACCUGCAGUGCCUGUGCUAUGUUUAUUUUCUUGCCUGAUGUCAGUGUGGCAUACAAGUACAAGCUGGUAGAAGAAAAGGUGAGAGUACUAGAGCAGAAAGUGCCCACCCUCAAGGUAAUAAAAGAGGAGUUUUAGGCAGAGCAGUGGAACUGCAACAACCUUUAGUGGAAUACAAAAGCUAGAAGUAGAACAGCAAGCUGAGACGGAAGAGGAGAAUCCUGAGGAAAGGGAGAAUGAGGGAGAAACUCCAUGGAAAGUGGUGACAGGUGCAGAAGAACUAGAAGACAUUCUACACCAGUGGACACAGUGGAACAAUCGAACUGCUUUCAGUUACUUGAGGAUGAGACUGGAAAGCAGCCUGCUGUGGAAGAGCUGCAUGACAUCUCAUACAACACUGAACAAGAAGCUAAAGGUCAACAAGUUGUAUUCAAGUGCCUUGGUGAAGGAAUUCUUGAGAAGGCCUUUCAGGGAUAUAAUGCUUGCAUUUUUGCCUAUGGACAAACAGGCUCAGGAAAAUCCUUCUCAAUGAUGGGCAAUGCAGAGCAGCUGGGUCUCAUCCCACGCCUCUGCUGUGCUUUAUUUCAAAGAAUCACUGUAGAAGAAAAUGAUUUGCAUACUUUUAAAGUGGAAGUGUCCUAUAUGGAAAUCUAUAACGAGAAGGUCAGAGAUUUGCUGGACCCUAAAGGGAGUCGACAGUCUCUCAAAGUUCGUGAGCACAAAGUUUUGGGUCCAUAUGUAGAUGGCUUGUCUCAACUUGCUGUCACUAGCUUUGAGGAUAUUGAAUCAUUGAUGUCAGAGGGAAACAAGUCCCGAACUGUUGCAGCAACCAACAUGAAUGAAGAAAGCAGCCGCUCCCAUGCUGUUUUUAAUAUUGUAGUCACUCAGACACUUUAUGAUCUACAGACUGGUAAUUCUGGAGAGAAAGUGAGCAAAGUGAGCCUGGUAGAUUUGGCUGGUAGUGAAAGAGUAUCUAAAACCGGAGCAGCAGGAGAACGUCUGAAGGAAGGCAGCAAUAUAAACAAGUCACUCUCAACACUAGGUUUGGUUAUCUCAUCACUUGCAGACCAAGCAGCAGGAAAGGGGAAAAACAAAUUUGUGCCUUACAGAGACUCUGUACUCACAUGGCUCCUCAAGGACAACUUGGGAGGAAAUAGCCAAACAGCUAUGAUAGCAACAAUCAGUCCAGCAGCUGAUAAUUAUGAAGAAACUCUCUCUACACUGAGAUAUGCAGACAGAGCUAAAAGGAUUGUUAAUCAUGCUAUAGUGAAUGAAGAUCCAAAUGCCAGAGUCAUAAGAGAACUCCGUGAAGAAGUAGAGAAACUGAAAGAGCAACUUUCUCAGGCAGAGGCUAUGAAGGCACCAGAGUUAAAAGAAAAAUUAGAGGAGUCUGAAAAGCUUAUAAAGGAACUGACUGUCACCUGGGAGGAGAAGUUAAGAAAAACAGAAGAAAUUGCACAGGAAAGACAAAAGCAACUAGAGAGUAUGGGCAUUUCUCUUGAAAUGUCAGGCAUCAAGGUCAGAGAAGACAAGUGCUAUCUAGUGAAUCUUAAUGCAGAUCCUGCUCUCAAUGAAUUACUUGUUUAUUAUUUAAAGGAUCAUACUAGAAUUGGUGCAGAUACCUCACAGGAUAUUCAGCUGUUUGGAAUAGGGAUCCAGCCAGAGCAUUGUGAGAUAGAUAUUGCACAGGAUGGAGAAGUUUCUCUCUCACCAAAAGAAAAUGCAAGAUCCUGCGUAAAUGGAACAUUGGUCUGUUCUAUCACCCAACUGUGGCAUGGAGAUAGAAUCUUAUGGGGAAACAACCACUUUUUUAGAAUUAAUCUACCUAAAAGAAAGCGACGAGAUUGGUUGAAAGACUCUGAAAAAGAGAUGCUGUCAGCAGAACAUGAUCUAGAUGCAACUAGUGAAGCUUCUUCAGAACCAGACUAUAACUAUGAAUUUGCACAGAUGGAAGUUAUAAUGAAAACACUGAAUAGCAAUGAUCCAGUACAAAAUGUGGUCCAAGUCUUGGAGAAACAAUACUUAGAAGAGAAACGUAGUGCUUUGGAAGAGCAGCGAAUGAUGUAUGAGCGUGAGCUGGAACAACUCCGACAGCAGCUUUCACCAGAAAGACGAUAUCAGCAUUGUAGUGACAGGCUUGCAGAUGCUGGCCAGACUGCUCAACAGAAAGUGAAGCUCUGGUCAGAAGAGAGGGAUGAAUUAUUCCGGCAGAGCCUGGCAAAACUAAGAGAACAGAUAGUUAAAGCCAAUACGCUAGUGAGGGAAGCAAACUUCUUGGCUGAAGAGAUGAGUAAGCUAACAGAUUAUCAGGUCACACUACAAAUCCCUGCUGCUAACCUGAGUGCCAACAAGAAGAGAGGUGCAAUAGUAAGUGAACCAGCUAUUCAAGUACGAAGAAAAGGAAAAGGAACUCAAGUAUGGACCAUUGAGAAGCUAGAGAACAAAUUAAUUGACAUGAGAGAUCUGUAUCAAGAAUGGAAAGAGAGAGCCCAUGAGAUAAAGCGACUCACUGGAAAAAGAGGUGAUCCUUUCUAUGAAGCACAAGAAAAUCACAAUUUAAUUGGUGUAGCAAAUGUCUUUUUGGAGUGCCUUUUCUGUGAUGUUAAACUUCAGUAUGCAGUGCCAAUAAUUAGCCAACAGGGAGAGGUUGCAGGGCGUCUGCAUGUUGAAGUGAUGCGUGUCACUGGUGUUGUCCCAGAACGUGUAGCAGAAGGAGAUGACUCUUCUGAAAACUCCAGUGAAAGUGGAAGUUUAGAAAUCAUGGACAACAAUGGAGACAUUAUCCACAGGCCAAAAAAGCUCACUUGCAGGGUAAAAAUUAAAGAAGCAACAGGGCUACCACUGAAUCUCUCAAACUUUGUCUUUUGUCAAUAUACCUUCUGGGAUCAAUGUGAGUCAACUGUUGCAGCACCAGUAGUAGAUCCAGAUGUGCCUUCACCUCUGAGCAAGGAUGCUCAAUUUACUGUUACUUUCUCUCAUUGUAGGGAUUAUGUGGUGAAUGUAACAGAAGAAUUUCUGGAGUUCAUUGCAGAUGGUGCACUUGCUAUUGAGGUGUGGGGUCACCGAUGUGCUGGAAAUGGCAGUUCUGUUUGGGAGGUGGAUUCUCUUCAUGCAAAAAACAGGACUUUGAGAGACAGGUGGAAUGAAGUAACACGUCGAAUAGAAAUGUGGGUUUCGAUUCAAGAACUCAAUGAAAUGGGGGAUUAUACAGCUGUAGAACUCCAUCAGGCAAAGGAUGUAAACACAGGGGGAAUUUUCCAGCUCAGACAGGGUCAUUCUCGUAGAGUUCAGGUAACAGUUAAACCAGUACAGCAUUCAGGAACCUUACCACUUAUGGUAGAAGCCAUUCUUUCUGUCUCCAUUGGCUGUGUGACUGCCAGAUCAACCAAAUUGCAACGGGGCUUGGACAGUUACCAGAGAGGAGGAGGAGAUGAUGGUGGUGAUAUGGAUAGUUAUCAGGAGGAAGACUUAAAUUGUGUGAGAGAGAGAUGGUCAGAGGCACUAAUAAAACGCAGAGAAUACCUAGAUGAACAGAUUAAAAAAAUCAGCAAUAAACAAGAGAAAACUGAAGAUGACAUAGAAAGAGAAGCACGACUUGUAGAACAAUGGGUUGGAUUAACAGAAGAGAGAAAUGCUGUACUGGUUCCAGCACCAGACAGUGGGAUCCCAGGUGCUCCUGCAAAUUGGAUCCCACCUUCUGGAAUGGAAACGCACAUUCCUGUACUUUUCCUUGAUUUGAAUGCUGAUGACCUCAGUGCGAAUGAACAACUUAUAGGUCCACAUGCAUCAGGAGUUAAUUCAAUACUACCAAAGGAGCAUGGAAGUCAGUUUUUUUAUCUGCCAAUCAUAAAACACAGUAAGGAUGAGGUUUCAGCCACCGCUUCCUGGGACUCUUCUGUGCAUGAUUCCAUGCACUUGAAUAGGGUAACACCUCAGAAUGAGAGAAUCUACUUGAUUGUGAAAGUUACAGUCCAACUCAGCCAUCCUGCAGCAAUGGAACUAGUGUUACGUAAAAGGAUUGCUACAAAUAUUUACAAUAAACAGAGUUUUACCCAGAGUCUUAAACGAAGGAUAUCCCUGAAGAAUAUAUGGUAUGCUUGUGGCGUGACCUAUGAAAUAGUAUCAAAUAUACCAAAGGCUACAGAAGAAAUUGAAGAUCGGGAGACUCUGGCUUUGAUGGCAGCCAAGAAUGAAAAUGAGGGUACAUCUGAUGGUGAAACAUAUAUAGAAAAGUAUACACGUGGAGUGUUGCAGGUGGAAAAUAUUUUGAGCCUUGAACGACUCAGACAGGCAGUUACAGUCAAAGAAGCUCUUUCUACUAAAACUCGACACAUACAGAGGAGUAUUAGCACACCAAACGUUCACAAUGUGUCCUCUAGUCGGUUAGAUCUUUCUGGCUGUGAUGAAGAUAAGGGUUGGUCAGAAGGUCAUCUAGAGGUAUUAGAUUGUUCUUCAAGUUAUCAAGAUGUAUCAUGUUAUGGCACUUUACCCAGGGAUUCACCUCGCAGAAAUAAAGAUGCUGGUGGUUAUGUAUCAGAGAAUCCACAGGCGUCAACUGUUAGCCCAUUUAAAGCAUUUUCUCCACAACCACCCAAGUUUUUUAAACCCUUAAUGCCAGUAAAAGAAGAGAAUAAAAAGGCCUCUCUUGAAACUCGGCCUCUUCUAAGCAAAGAGAACAUUCCAUCAACUCAGGUACAUAAUGCUGGUUGUGUUGUACCCUCAGGAAGUAAAGCCAGUAGCAUGCCAGUAGAGCACAAUAGCAUGCAUGAGAAGAAGAUUCAAGACUCUGAGGAAGAAGAUGAGUUGGAGGCCAUUAACAAGAAGCCUUAUGUGCCUGAGGAAUUUGCUGACUUCAGUGUUUACAACGCUAGCCUGGAAAACAGGGAGUGGUUAUCCUCAAAAGGAGAUUUUGUAAACUCACGUGUACUUGACAAAGAAGUAUCUCGCAGCCCUACCACGAGCAGUAUUACUAGUGGCUACUUUUCCCACAGUGCCUCUAAUGCUACUUUGUCUGAUAUGCUUGUUCCUUUUAGUGAUAGCACAGACCAGUUAACUAGUCAGAUGAGGGAUUUGGACUCUACUGACCAUUCUGUAGUUCAUCUAACCCAUGAUUUAAAAUCUUCAAACACUGAGGCUUCAGAACCAGAAAAGGACUUGGCUAAACUUAAGAAAGCCAUGUCACCAGUCAAAGGAAACUGUGCCUUAACAAAAGAAAUGUCAAUGUCUGAAAGCACUGGCAGUGAUGCAACAAAGUUACAUUGUUCAGCUAAUAAAAGUAAAUGGCAUGGGGUUGAAUUCUCAUCUCGAGAAGCAACAGUUGAACACACUUCAAAUGUUUUUGAGGAUCAUGCAUUUACAGAAUUCAUGGGUGUUGGUGAUGGAAAAGAACUUGAACAUUCAGGAGGUCCACAGUUUUGUUCCAGUGGCUCUUCAAGUAGAAGAAAAAAGCUUUCAGUGGCUGGAAUGAACAGUGCCUCAGGUUUUUCAAAAAAUACUUAUGACCAGGACAGUCCUGUGAGCCAUUUGGAAUCUACACCAGUGGAAUAUCAGCUGUCAAACAGUACUGAAAACCCUUUGUUGUCUGUUGGAGUAAAUGAGGCUUCAUGUUGCCAGAUGUAUGCAGAUUCUUUCCUAACAGAUGACUUCACUGGAGAAAAUCACUUUAAUAUCUCUGGUUCUGAAAAUGUUACUUCUGAAGAGUACCCAAAUUGGGUUUCAGUGGGUGAACAAGUGUAUGUUGGUAGCAAUAAGACUGGUGUAGUAAGAUACAUUGGGCCUGUAGAUUUUUCAAAUGGUACCUGGGUUGGCAUUGAAUUACAUCUCCAGAUGGGGAAGCAUGAUGGAACUAUAAAAGGCAAAGAAUACUUCCGCUGCAAGCCGCAACACGGGAUAUUUGUUCGUCCUGAAUGGCUCUCUAAAGCACCAGCUCCAACAAAAAAAUGCAGCAGUACAUCACUAUCUCAGGUAUCAUCCAACUUGGAGAAGUGGAAGAGUUCAGUCCUUUUUCAGUCACCCUCUUUGAAAACGGGGGCAGGAACCCUCUGUGAAUCAGGAGAUGCAGCUGCUUCUGCUUUUUCCAGAAAACAGGAGAGCAGGAAAUCUUGGAUUAACUAAAACUGCAGUUUUUUUCUUGUUUUUUGCACUUGCUGCACACAUCACUGUGUGGAAACACUUUUUCAAAGUUACUGAAUGUCUGAAUUACUGACAUAAUUAUCUGAUUCUUUUAUAUGAGUGUGUGUGGAUGGGUGUGGGUGUGGACUGUGUAUUAUUUGCCUAUCUAAAGGCAAACAUGACUGCACACUAAAUUACCAUUGGGCUACAAUCCUAUACUCACCUGAGGUUAAGCCCCAUUAAACUCAGUAGGAUUUACUUCUGAGUAAGUGUGUAUAUGAUUGUACUGUUUGUAAAUAAAACUGUGAGGUACUUGACUAUUUGUUACUCAAAAAGUUGGAUCAUACUUUAAACAAAAUAUUUUAUUGUGUGGGAAGGUGAUGGGAUGUAAAUAUGUAUUGAGGGAAAAUCUACAGUAUGCUGUUAAUUACCAAAGAACUUGUAUCGGACAAAUACACUUGCUGUUUAUAUCUUGGUUUUUAUUGUAUAUGUUUAUUUUAACUGACAGCUUGGUGCCAUAUUUCUAGAGGCUAAUCAGAGGCACCAUGCUGCCUUAUAUUCUGUGUUUAAGAAGCACACUGAAGAGUAUUUUCUUGUUUUGUUUUCUUAUGGGUGUACCACUGUGCCGACUUCACAUUUAUUGAAACUGUAACAAUGCCUAAAGCUAGUAUGUUUGGCAUUUUUCAUGUGUAAACAGGCAAUCAGAUGCAAAAACAGUAUUACUGCAGAAGACAAGGCAGACAAAAUUUUUAACAAAUGGCUUUCUUUCAAAACGGGGACAAGAAACAAAGCAGCAGUAGCUAACAGCUACAAACAGUGCACUGUUUGUUGCAGGAUUUGACCAAGCUCAGAUAAAACAUUCUGAAGUGAUUUAAUCUGUAAAGUUAAGUUUUAAUUGUGAUUUUUAAGAUGCUUUGAAUUUGUGGGGAUCUAUUUUAUGUGUAGAUACUGUGCCAGAUAUUUGUAAAGUAGCAAAUGGAAAGAUAAUGGUCUGCUGUAUUCUUUAUUUUUUAGAACAUAAUUGAGAUAAUGGGACCUUACAGGCUGCUGCUGUUAAUGAUUUGUAUGUAUAGUAAGCUAACUCUUAGUAUUUGCAAUUACUGUAAAGAAGUGUAAUUUAUAUUCUAUUUCUGCUAUACUGUAUUUAAUUGGUACAGAAUAUUUGCAUCCUAGAAUACAAAUGAUUUACUUCUGAUUUUAAUUUUUGUGCCUAUUUGACUUCAUAUUCUGUAAAAUAAUACUUUAUUAGAUAUACUGUUUCAAUGGCAAAGCAGUACGGCUUUUUCACACAGAUUAGAAAGAACAUAUUAUAUAGUCUGUUUAGAGACUUUGAGUGUAUAAACUUGUUCCAGCAAAAUAGCUUUUAUUCUACUUCUAUAAUGACUACACUGUCAACAUAAUGUGGAGUAAACAGUAAUCUUGUUUAUUUGAAUGGGCCACUCAAUUAAAAUAAGCCAUGGUGAUUUAUUUACAUUGUGGCAUGUACAAGGCACAAUUUCCAUAAUCACUGUCCUGAUGCAGCUUUUUGUCAUCUGAACAAGAGUGACAUAGUCUGUUGGAAGGAGAAACAACCAUCUCACAACCCAUUGGCUGUUGUAGGAUUAUUGGAGGGUUGUUUCCCUGUCCAAUAAGCCAUGCUGCCUGACUUCAGAUGAAGUGGUGAGUUGCACCCAGUGUGUAUCAAGAUAUGGAUAAAUGGUGACUUAUAUUGAUCAUGUGAAUCAGCUCAUAGUGGCUUCAUCAACUGCGCUGAAGUACUUCAGCACUUAAGCAAACUGCUUUUUUCCAGAGGGUAGGUGUACAUGUACCAAGUAAAGCACAAAUGCACCACCCAUAAUACUAUAGUUUUUAUAUAGUGAUUCUUGAAAAUUUGUUCUUGGGAAAUGUUGAAAGUUGUGGUUAAAAUGAAAUAUAUUUUAAAUAAAUGUUUAAGGGUAUAAUCCUA